AUGUACCAGCCCAGCGAUAGGAGAACCUUCGACCACGCCCCCGCGUGGGCGAAGGUUCCUCAGUUGGUGGGUUGCUGGUUCCGCGUGUCCCCUCUGUCUUUCCUCGACUCCUGCCUGCCUGUAUUUCCCUGUGUCAAGCAGCUGACAUCCCAAACAGGAAGGUCCAAUACGCCAACCUUUAGAAUUGUAUCUGGAGGGAGUCUCUAGACUCUAAAGGCGGACUUUUGGAAUAUAGCCCAUUCCGCGCCAAAUCCUCACGUUUUUCUUCCCGCCAAAAAUACCGUAUACCAAAUUCGCUUCUUCGCUUAGAGACCUUUGUUUUUUAUUUUUUGUAGAGACGAAUUGCAAAAAAAGGCUUUUUUUUGGGUAGCCAUUUUUUCUGCUGUUUUUUAAAAACGGGAAAAUCUGGCGCGGAAUGGGCUAUAGAAAAAUGAAAAAUUAAAGCUGAGCAGUUUUUUUUUGGCUGGAAAUUCCUAAAAAUCAGCAAAAAUGUUUCUAGAAGUUGUUCUAUCCGGAGUUUGAAAUUACAUUUUUCAAUAUUUACAUGAUAUAUUGAGCAUAUAACUCUUUUUAAAAACUCUUCGAGAAGCUCAAAACUCUUGAAAUAUUGAAAAGCCGGUCCAAAUUUGUGAAAAAAUAGUUCUAUAAUGAAUAUUUUUUUCUUUAUUUUUUUACUCUCUUCUUCAAAUCAACACAAUUUAAUGGCCUUAUUUUUGUUGUUCUCUUCUCAAAUAAGUUGAAAGAUCAAGAAAAGAACAGGUGGCUGAUCCGGCGGGAGGUCAGCCGCCGAUCAAUCCAUCCUUUUUCCUUCUUUUUGGCCCCUUUUCCUGAUUUUUCGUCUGUUUUCACGAAGGAAACUGUUAUUUAAAUCAGAAGAGAAGAAUAUUUCAAUAGUUUCCCUUUUUGAUUGUAAUUUUCAUGCUUUUUCCUUGAAGAAUUAAGGUUUUUUCAACCAUUUUUGCCCAUUUUUCCUUCAAUAAAUUUCCAGGAUCCGUUGGUACAUGUCAAAUCGGUUCAAAAAUGCAACAAUCGCCUGUUUUUUAUUACUUUUGCCGGUUACGGUAGCGAAAAAGGUGGAUUUUGAUGAGGAAAGGGCUCGGGUUGCACUGGAAUUUGCAGGUUUUGCAUUUUUCAUGAAAAAUAUAUUUUUAACCUGAGAAUUUUCUUCAUUUUAUCGUUCAGUGAUUCAUUAUUUGCACUAUUUUGUUCAGAAUUUUUUUUUCUGAUUUUUUUCAGAUUUUUUUUUCAUUCGACUUCUUAAUCAAAAAAGGAAGUUUCCUGUUCAAUUUUGGUCUUUAAUAAUUCCUCAAUUCAAUUUUUAAAAUAAUUUAGACUUUUAAUAGUAUAUUCACAAUAUAAAUCACAAGGAAAUUUUUAAAAAAAUGCAUGAAAAAAAUUUAAAAAAAUAAAAAGUUUUUUUGAACUAAAAUCCAAAAAAACAUUUUCCAGCCACUGCCUACGCCAUUGACCCGGUGCACUGUUUGGUGAAAAAUCGGGCCUUUAUUUUGUACCAAAUUCGACUUCCUUGCGAUUAUAUGAAGGAUGAGGUGACUUUUGGCUUAUUUUCAGGAUUUUAGCUCGAAAAUUGAGUCAUAAAUCAAAUUUUAAAAGUUGAAAAACUGAAAUUUUUGAGCUAGAAAUUGUUAAAGUAAGGUUUUUGGCUCAGGUAAUCAGUUUUUACUUGAUUUUUCCACUAAAAGUUGUUUCCGGUUCUUCAUAAAAAUGUCUUUUCAGUGCUGGGGCCUCAUUGCUCUAACGAAAAAACAGAUAAUCGUCUCUUUUCGAGGCACAAAAUCCAAGGAGCAACUGGUGACCGAACUUGUGGAAAGCAUUGGGAAACCGAAGCAUAGGGUUUGUUUUGGCGGGAAAAUUGAGUAAAGAUGGAUUUUAUACUACUGAAAAUGGAGUUGAAUGUUGAAUAAAUGUUAAGAUUCAAUGGAGAACAUUUUACACUACUUGUAAGCUGAAUUUAGGCAUAUAAAUCAAUAAUUUUGGAGUUUUCGUAAUAUUCCUAAUGAGUUAAUGAGGAAAAUUCGAAGCUUUGAGAGUUUCCGCUUGAUUGAAACUGAUUUUUAUGAAGAUUUGAGGCGGAAAAACGCUUUUUUCAUUAGAAGAAAAAAUAUAGCUGAUUCACGUCCAACUUGGGACGCUAAGGGGGCGUGUCCUGCCUGCGCUCUCCACGAGCCAGGCGCUAUCUCGUGCAUUAUCGUGUCAGGACCCCUCUUUCCGAUGGCUUCAGCCGUGAAUCAACUAUAGCUAGCCGUUCAACCAUGAAUCAGUAACUUUGUUGCUUUAUUAAUAUGUUUUGUAUAAUGCGUAUAAUGCGACCACUUUUUGUACAUUUAUUUUUGUCCCGCUCUUUCGAGGGGAUUCCAAAAAUUGGGCAAUACUCAUAAUGUUGCCCCUUUGCACGGAAAUCUUUAGUAAAAGGCGAAAGAUUUUCUCGGUCAAAUGCAAAGGAACCAGAGUUGAUACUGAAGGGAGAAUGGGGAGAGACGCGGUGUUUGGCUGCCCCCGACUCGCAGCGGCUUACGCCGAGUGAUAUGGGCUAGUCUAGGAUGUGGAAAAAAUGAUCGAAAACGGCUUUGAAGCGUUUUUCUUGGGGAAAAACUUCUAGAGGCUCCCUUUCAUGAUAAAAAAGUUGAUGAAGCUUAUGAUAUAUGCUUUUCAAACAUUUUCUUUUUUCAUAAGUCAAUAAAAAAUAGUUUCGUACUGGAAUUGUACCGAUAAAAACUCAUUUCAAAAGUCAACUUUUUCCAGAUCCAUGCUGGCGGCUCGGUUCACUAUUAUUUCUACUCUGCUUUAAGGGCGAUUUGGCCUCAAAUGAGCCAUCUACUCCAUUUUUGGAUCAAUGUUUGCUGAUUUUAUUAUUUAUCCAGUUGUAAUAUCAAGAAAAAUAUGAAUUUCUGAAUUUUAAAGGGAAUUCAGGAACGCCAGAGUGGCCCCUAUAGUGGCCACUUUAGGAGUUCUUUGAAGGCUCCCCUCUAGUGACCACUCUACCUCUCCAGUGGAGCUUGAAAAAGUGAUCCCUUUAGGGGUUGCUAGGCCCAAACCCCUAUAGAGAUCACUCUAGCGUUCAUAAGGAAAAUUUGAUAAAAAUAAAGGAUAAAUAAUCAUUUUUAUUGGUUUUGCGCUGAAAAAAAAAGCAAAAAUAUGAGGUUUUCAAUUUUUAUUCAAAAUUUUGGUCUAUUCCACUUUUUUCCCCGAUAUUACUAACAAAGUUUCGAUAAGAGAGUAUUAUUAUGCAUUAGAAACGUAUUUCACUCGAAUUUUUAAUCUCUAAAAAAAAUGGCAAAAAUUUCGCUUCCUGAAGAGGAAUUGAAACCGCAUCGCUUACUUGAAAGACAUUUAUGCUAACCACUUCACCACACAAUAAUAAAAAUGGAGAAUUUGUGCCGCUUUCUCCCCCUCAUGUGAUAAGCAAGCAUAGGCGCUGAUAACUCCGAAUCUGGCGCCAGGAACCGCAUCAGCGUUCGUGGUGUAAUGGUCAGCAUGGAUGCCUUCCAAGCAUUCGACGGGGGUUCGAUUCCCCCCGAACGCAGAAUUUUUUUUGCCAUUUUUCUAGCCAUCUAAAAUGAUGAUUUAUGAUAAUUUUCCUAACUAUUUUAGUUUAUAAUAAGUGAAAAAAUUAUUUAAAAGUGUGUAAAGGUAAUUUUCAGAUGCUACCACAUAAGGAAAUUAUUUUCACUGGCCAUUCGUUGGGCGGCGCUUUGGCGAGCUUGGCGUCGACCAUUUUUGUUCACAAGUUUCCGGAAAUUUCUAACAGGUUGGAGAAUAAAUUUAACUCUAGUUAUUUAUUCAGAACUCAUUUGAUCACCUUUGGUCAGCCAAGAGUUGGGAAUUUCGAAUACGCCCAAACUCACGAUCGAUUGAUCCCGAGCAGUUGGAGAUUGGUCCAUGGCGCUGAUAUUGUGAGUUAGAGAAAGUUGAAAGCCUCUGGUCGCACUUGGAAUGGCUCACGACGCGCCAUACCCAAAACGGCCUGCGCCUGGGACAUUUGAAAAAGUUGAAAGUUAAAAUGGCUCCGAUCCAUUCCAAAUGCGUCCAGGGUGAUCUUAUAAGGUCGUGAAUAUAGUUGGGAAAGUCCUGGGUUAAAAUGACUUGAAAUUCUUUGGAUCAGCUUUUUCGACCUGGGUAAGUGCGCUCCAGCGAACUAAUGGCUCUUAUUUACUGGAAAUGCCUUUUUCUUGGCUCUUAGAUCGAUUUAGGGGAAAAAAAAACCUUUUUUUUUGAAGUUGGUUAUUUGAAGAUCAGCAAAUGCGCUCCAAUCAUCUAGGGUUUUGAUUGGCCGGUCCCGCCCACUUUUUCCGAUUUUUUAAACACGUUUAUUGGCCGACUUGUCAAUAGCUGGCUUUUUUAUACUUAACAUGUGCGCUCCAGCGAAAUAUCGCUGCAAAAUACCAACCGUGACCCUUUGAGGCAUUCCAAAUGCGACCAAAGUGUUGCUUGAAAGGACCCGCCUCUUUUUUUGAAAUGAACUUGUAAGUGGCCUGGAUUUCCAGGUCCCACACGUACCAAUGUGCGUGGAGAGCGUCAAAAGGCCCAUUUCUUGCAUUCCGUUCUACAACCACGGCUCCUAUCAUCACGGAACCGAGAUUUGGUUCCCGAAUGAGAUGUCCGACACGGACGAGUACAGGAUAUGCACCGGAGAUCCGGUUAAUGAAGACAAUUCUUGCAGGUAAUAUUGAGAAAAAUGAGAAAAAACGAUUAGUUUGGUAAAGGCAGGCUUGAGCCGCUGGAAAGCGGGUCUUGACACGAUCUGAAAAAAAUAGUGUUUUCUUGGUGGAGAGCCCAGACAGGCCACGCCCCUUUUGCGUCCUUAGGUAGCCGUGAAUCGACUAUAAAUUCAUUAAGAUUCUUUUUUUAUUAUUUAAUAAAAAAAUUCAAGCUUCCUUUUAUAAUAUAGCUGUUGAAAAAUCGCAAAAAACAGACGUUUUUUUCGGAAUUUUUUUGAUAUGAAUUUGCAGAUAAAGUUUCAAUUUUUUUCUUUAUUUCGAUAGAUUUACCUUUUUUUCAAGGUUGAUUAGCAUUUCAAUCAAUUAAUAAACAGUCCAGUUAAGUUUUCAACUCGAAAAAGUCGAUUAAAAACUGAAAAUUUUCACAGGAAACCUCAUGUUUUUCGGAAAAUCACCCAUAUGAAACUUUAUCGAAAUUAUCAUUUUAGUCAUGAAAUGCGGCCCCAACAAUUUUUUUGAGCCAAAAAAAUUCUUCAAAAACACCUUUUUAAACAUCUUUUCAACUGUAUAUGAUGUGUCAUGCCACUCGGCGUAAGCCGCCCCGAGUCGGGAGCACCCAAACACGGGGUCUCCACUUAUUGAGCACUCGAUAUCAACUCUGGUUCCUUUGCAUUUGACCGAGAAAAUCUUUCGCCUUUUACUAAAGAUUUCCGUGCAAAGGGGCAACUUUAUGAGUAUUGCCCAAUUUUUGGAAUCCCCUCGAGAGAGCGGGACAAAGUUGAUUUUUCGAAUAAAGAAACAUUGAAAUUUGAAAGAAACGACGAAAAAAGGGAAAAUCCGGAAGAUGGCGAAGCCUGUUGUCCAUAGAGCAACUUUACUGCAAAACCCCCUUUUUGGCGGGAACUCAAACCUUCGUCUCUUCCUCUUUAAAUGAUUUUUUUUCUUUAAAAAAAUUUCUUUUUCUUUAAAUUUUUUUUCUUUUAAAGGAACUUCUGUCCGUUUCCAAGUUCACCGUCUCGAUUCGCAAUGAAAAAGCUUUACAAAGUACUCCUUUUGAACUGAAAGGUUAUUAAAAAUAAAGCAGAAUUCCGAAAUUAACUGCAUUUCUGAAUUGAGAAAGGCUUGAAAAAUUGAUCAGGAUGAUUUCGAAAUUGAAAAAUGUGACUUUUUUCAACAAAUAACAUUUUUAGCCGUCUAUUAGGAAAAUAACGAACAGAAAAAGCUUCUAAAUCGACUAAAAAGUGGAAUUUUCAUGAAAAAUGACUUUUCUUCAUCUUGAAUUUGUUUUUCGAAUUCAAAUCAGCCGUGAAUCAUCCAGGAAAUUCUACGUUUCGCAAACUUCAUUUAUGACAAUUCAUUAAACGUUUUCUGAUUUUGAAAAAAACAUCAUGAAGAUAAAAAAAUCCUUAAAUUUCUGGAGUUAUGAAAAUGUUUUCUUACAAGAAAGUGUUCGCAUUUUGAUAGAGUCGUUAUAAAUUUUAUUAAAAAAAUGGAAAUAUAGAAAAUUGGGACUCCUAGUAGAAGAUACUUGAGAUGCUGGGAUUCCAGAACUGUUCGUUCUUUAAAGACUUCGUUUCCAGCAACUCCCACCGGGCUUUCGACAUCUUCGACCAUCUUUUCUACUUCGGACACCACGUCAGCGAUUACGGUAACAAUGGCUGCAUCGAGCCGGAAUCCCCCCGAAACUAUACGAGAAAACGAACCAAACUGUGGUCUAACUAUUAUAAAAUUCUAUACUAA